AUGGAUAAUUUUAAAAAUCAGGAAAAAAUAUGUAAACUAGUGAGAAAAAGAGAAAUUAAAGAUUCCAUUGGUGAAUGUGCCAACAAGGAAGACGAAAACGAGAUUUUAAAGGAAAUUGAAAAAAAUGAAGUUAAGGAAAAUGAACAAAAUGUAGAAAAGAAGGAGAAGGGUACUCGGUUGGAGUAUAUAACAACAUAUUCACAGGACUAUAAAAUAAUUGAAAUCCCGAAACCGGAGCCCAAGCAGAAGAUUGAAGAGAAAGAACCAACACCAUUUGAAGGGAUAACAACAUAUACCCUCGAUUAUUCACUUAAUGCCUGGAAAAACUUUGAAAAUUUGACUUGA